AUGACGGAAGCGUACUUUUAUCUCAAGUGCCUUGUCAUACUGUCUCUGAUUGCUGCUUGCAAGUCAGAAUUGACAUGUGCUCGGUGUGCCGCAGGAAAUUUCGUUAGUUUCUCUAUUAAAAAUUUUUAAAUACUCACUCGUUCGUUUCAGGUGACCAAGCAGUGGUUGUUCCAGUCGAAUCGCGAGAAUCAGCUGAUGUAUUGGACCGAUUUUUGGGGGACAACGGACUGCGCCAUUGGAAAAGCCACGAUGGUUGCCUGCCAAUCCUCAUGUCUUACGAUUGUCCUGCAAAAGCACAUGCCACGUGGAUUUGUGUUCGACGGUUUGCUAAUCUUUUUGGAGAAAUUCAUUCGAAUAGUCGGAGUUCAGGAAUGCUCAUGGAGUGUGCUGACGAAAUGAUUAUUUCGACUCCUGAUCUUCCUGGAGGCAUCAACUACACGCGGUUCUCUGAAAAUGGACUUUUUUUCAAUACCCGCCACAACUACAAUAUCACUUACAUUUUCAAAAUUGAUAGUGUGAACGAGCAUGAAGUGGCACUUGAGUACUGGAAGUUUUACGGCCAGGAUAUUGGCAGAAGACAGCUCCGAGACACCGCCAUUCUUAUCUUCACCAUUGCAUUCGUCACUGUUGUUCUCCUUGCCGUUUGCUACAUCGCAAAGGUUCUCCCGCAGGUAUUUUCUGAAACAAAAUAAUUAUUGGAAACAUUCAUUUAAAUUUACAGAACGCUGAUGAUACGGACCUGAAACAACUGAAACAUUCCGAGCCAGCACGGAUCAGACGUUUCGACAGCGACGGAUACGUGAACCUCUCGGUGACAAGCUUAUAUGCCGCGCGGGAGCUCCCACCUAUCCCUGCUCCAGCCUUGGUAGAAUAUUCCGAAAAUGAGUACACCGUCAUCGUUUCGUGUUAA